AUGAGAGGGCACUUUUCAUUUUUGGAUGUUUCAACUAAUAUAUAUACAUUAGAAAGAUACAAAAAAUUAAUUAUAAAAAUUGCUUUUUUACUAAGCACAAUAACAUUUUUUUUAUCCAUAUUAUCAAUUGUACUCGUUAAAAUAUGUUCACAAGAUCAAAGUGCAACUUAUGCUGAUUUAGAUAUUGAUAUAGAAGGGGAUACAAAGCCAAAAACUUAUUUAUAUAUAAUAAAAAAAGAAUCUUCUGUCUUUUCUUCUACCAAGGGAAAGAAAAAUGACAACGAUAGGCCUGACUCUCCACAUUCUGCAGGAGAAAUGAGGGACGAAAUGAAAGAAGAAAGAAAGGACGAAGAGAACAAUGAAGAAGUAGAAGACAAAUCUAUCAAUGCAAAGGAGGAAGUACUAUAA